CGAGCCAGCCCCGCUACAGUUAGCCAGAGGACGCUGCCUUCUUGCUGGGAGAGGAAAAGCAGAAGCCCGAAGCAGAGGCACUGCCUCUCACCGCUUGGGAUUAUGCCCUUCACCACAGCCAAAGUAGCCACACGGCUGAGCCAAGGGAUCACUGCCAAAAGAGCAGCCGUGGCACUGUUGCUGGCAGCAUAUGGGGCCAGGAAGUUGUACCCCAUUCUGCGGAGACAGUGGGCUGCCUCCGUCCUCCAGGUGAAUGCAGAGACCGCCAGCCCCAGAGAGACAACUGCAAAGUGGAGGGAACUCGAGGUGGCCACUGCAUCAGCACCUGGUGUGAACAAGGUGUUUUUUCUCCGUCUCCUUCGACUCCUGAGGUUGCUGUUCCCAGGGCCACUGUGCCGGCAGACAGGACUCUUGGCCUUGCAUUCAGCUGCCCUUGCUAGCCGCACCUUCCUCUCGGUUUAUGUGGCCCAGCUGGAUGGACGCUUGGCCCGCUGCAUUGUCCGUAAGAAACCACGGGACUUUACGUGGCAGCUUCUUCAGUGGCUCCUCAUUGCCCUGCCGGCUACCUUUGUCAACAGUGCCAUUCGGUACCUGGAAGGGCAGCUGAGCCUGGCCUUCCGUGGACGUUUAGUGGACCAUGCCUAUCAACUCUACUUUGAGGGUCAGACUUACUACCGGGUCAGCAACAUGGAUGGACGGUUGCGUAACCCGGACCAGUCGCUCACCGAAGAUUUGGUGGCCUUUGCUAAUUCUGUAGCCCAUCUCUACUCAAACUUGACCAAGCCUGUCCUUGAUCUCAUUGUGACUUCCUAUACCUUGGUCAGUUCAGCAAGAUCAAAGGGGGCUGACACAGCCUGGCCCUCAUUUAUUGCUGGUUUGGUAGUCUGCAUCACUGCCAAGGUGCUACGUGCCUGUUCACCAAAGUUUGGCCAACUGGUGGCUGAGGAAGCACGCCGGAAAGGAGAGCUGCGCUACAUGCAUUCUCGUGUGGUGGCCAAUUCGGAAGAGAUUGCCUUCUAUGGUGGGCAUAAGGUGGAGCUGUCCCUCCUACGGCACUGUUAUCAUCAGCUGGCCUCUCAAAUCAAUGUGCUGCUUCUGGAGAGACUCUGGUAUGUGAUGCUGGAGCAGUUCCUUAUGAAGUAUGUGUGGAGUGCUGCUGGGCUGGUCAUGGUGGCUGUACCGAUCAUCACUGCUACUGGCUACUCUGAAACAGAUUCAGAGGUGGUGAAACAAGCUGCACUAGAAAUGGAAGAGCAAGAACUGGUAAGCUUGAGGACUGAGGCUUUUACCACAGCACGGAGUCUGUUGUCUGCAGCAGCUGAUGCCACGGAGAGGGUCAUCUCUUCCUACAAAGAGGCAACUGAACUAGCAGGCUACACUGCUCGUGUGUAUGAGAUGUUCCGGGUGUUUGAGGAUGUGAAAUGCUGCAACUUCCGACGCCCCGGAGAACUUGAUGAAGGCCACGCUCCGGCUGGGACAGUUAUGAAACAUGGCAUGCGUGUCGAGGGCUCACUCCAGAUCCAAGGACAUGUGAUUGAUGUGGAUCAUGGGAUUGUCUGUGAAAACAUCCCCAUUAUCACGCCCACCGGGGAUGUGGUAGUCACCAGCCUCAAUAUCCGAGUCGAUGAAGGUAUGCACCUCCUGAUCACUGGCCCAAAUGGCUGUGGGAAGAGUUCCCUUUUCCGGAUCUUGGGAGGGCUUUGGCCAACUUACAAUGGCACCCUCUACAAACCACCUCCUCAUCGGAUGUUUUAUAUUCCACAGAGACCAUACAUGUCUGUGGGCACCCUGAGAGACCAGGUGAUUUACCCAGAUACGGCCAAGGACAUGGGACGGAAAGGACAUACCGAUUCUGACCUGGAACAGAUCCUGGAUGUCGUCAACCUCAAUUAUAUUGUUCAGCGUGAAGGAGGUUGGGAAGGCGUCAACGAUUGGAAGGAUGUACUUUCUGGUGGCGAGAAGCAGCGAAUGGGGAUGGCCCGGAUGUUCUAUCACAGGCCAAAGUACGCGCUCCUCGAUGAAUGCACCAGUGCCGUCAGUAUUGAUGUGGAAGGCAAGAUCUUCCAAGCAGCAAAGGAUGCAGGAAUAGCAUUGCUGUCCAUUACGCACCGACCUUCAUUGUGGAAGUACCAUACCCACCUCCUCCAGUUUGACGGGGAGGGUGGCUGGCGGUUUGAGAAGCUGGACCCUGAAGCCCGUUUCUCCCUGCGGGAGGAGAAGCAGCGCCUGGAGCAGCAGCUGGCUGGCGUCCCUGAAAUGCAGCAACGUCUCAGCGAACUCUGUCAAAUAUUGGGUGAAGAUGCGCCUUCUACCGUGGGAUAGAUUGGUGAUUUGGGUGCCUUCCAAUCUCCCCUGCUGGCUUGGUGAGAAGGAUCCUAACUGCGACACGCUCACCUCAGGAGCUGCACAAGAUGGCCAGUUUUUGUCCCAGCCACCCAAGAAGCUGUUGAGGAUACCCCUGUGGGGGCGGGGCAUUAUUUAUUUCUGGCACCCAUUGAUUUAUUCUUCUGCCUCAGUUUAGGGCUGGAGGAAGAAAGGGGUUGCCCCACACUGCCAAUAUCUCUGAAGCCAGCCCUUUCAAUCCCCACACACAUGGUGCCUCAAUACCCCUAGAUAGUACAAGUUCUUCACUAGUGGGAAUUGCACUGCUCCACUGCCAAGUCUUGAGCCUCUUGUACCCAUGGACUGUUUGGAGUAACUUCUCAGCUACUGCCACCUCACCAACCCAGAAACUUCAGCUAAAUUGAUCACAGCCUUUCUUCGCAGAAACGCCACACAUAUAGCACGAGUGGAAGGAGCUCUUGCCGGCCUCUUUCCUUCUGGCCCCCACAGCUAGGCUGCAACGUUUGGCUCCACUGACAAGUUUCUGGUACCCAAAUUGAGGGGUGUCUCCUCCUUCUUUAAACAGCCCUGAAGGAAAGCAGAAAGUUUUAAGAAGGUCACAUUCUGUUAGGUUGGUUGUGUUCUAUGAAAUGCAGAUUUUUUUUCCCCAGGCACUUACCCAUCGUGUCAUUAAGAAACUCUUUGUGAUAUAGGGCAAGUUGCCUAAGGAGGUCCCGGAUCUCUGAGCUCUGACCUUCUGAAGAUUUUGUGUCUCUUGUUCUGAGCAUGCUCAGAUGGUGCCAAGGUUCACCGUCAGUUUAAUGAUUCAAACUGUGUUGCCGACAUCUUUGUAACCUCUAGGAUCUCACCACUGCAUUCGAAGGAUGCUUAGUAAACACAGACGUGGGAAAGUCUUCCUGAAAUGGGAAGAAAACCACUGUCUGGGAUUUACCUUAAGGUUGUUAUCUUGCAAGGUCAGAUUUUGCAGUUUAGACUAUCAAGCCAUUCCCAAAGGUUUAUCUACACGCCUUCUGAUAUGGGGAAGGCCUUCACUUUGGGGAGGAAGUGACCCUUUAUUGAGGGAGCUGUAUUUCAAUAUCACUUGCCAAUGGAACUGGGUCCAUCAAAUUGGAAUUUCCUCGAGAGACUACACCAGAAUUUCCUAGAAAUAUUUAUGUUGUAAGCACUCAUUUGAUUUAGACUUUCUGACGUUCUCAUUUUCUAUAGACCACGAGAGGCUAUGCGGGUUCCCAAUGCCUGAAGCAGGAUACACGAAGGCAUAUUUAUUUGCAAACUAUAGAGCUUUGCCAAUUUAUUUGCACUGGAAUAAAAUCCUAGUCUGUCUUGACUGAGGAUAGAGCACAUUGUAGCUCCUGUCUCAGCUACUGUGUGCAUAUUAUUUUAUCCUGCCACUUUAACUGAUAGGAUUUGUAGAGGGAUUACACUAGAUAGGAAAAGAAUAAUUGGGUCCCAUUUUAGGAGACUUACAUUGGAUUAUUCUUACCAUUGUUGUGGUAUUGUUGGUCUGCCUCCACCCCCACCCCACCCAAAAAAAAAAACCCAAUCCAAAAUCAAGAGGUGGUGAGAAUUCUUACUGUCAUGAUUUAAAGUACUGAUAUCAACUUUCUCCUUAUGAAACAAAAGACCGACAAACUAUUAUUAACGUUAGCUCCAAGGCCCACCCAACAGUUCCUUUUAGUGGCAACUUCAUUAAAGCUGAUGCCAAUCUUUCAGACUGUCUUGGCCCACAAUUCCUUUGUAUCCACAUUGGGUUGAAUCUGCCUGUGCAGAAUAAUGAGGCAUUUCGUGGAGAUAAAAAAAAAAACUGGACAGGUUCAGAUUUUUGCAAGCUGUUGUAUUCUUUAAAAAAUUAACUCCCUCGCUUCUCCCUCAUAAUUAAAACAAAACAAAGAACAGCACAACAAGGGAAAAAAAUAACCUUUUCUCCCACACAUGCCCCUUGAGGAAAUGUUGGAUUUCUGUGAUUGCUCAAAAGCCUGCAGUUCAAAGUAACACUGCUGAUUUCACCACAUUCAGCUGAAUGAGCGGAUGCAACCUUUUAGUUCCGCCUUUCUGUUCUGUAGAAAUAAGAAAGUCACAAUCCCACAGUUGAUGCUUUCUGCGGAUCAAAAGAGGGGACUCUUUAACAGUUCCAUGCUGCUCUCUACCAUCUCCUUUACUCCCACAAGAACUUGUGGUAUUUGCUACCAGUGACCCUUCACCGCUUAUGACCCCAUUGUUAUAUUUUCCAGCCACAGACCCAUCAAGCCCAGCUGUCCCAAUCUCAACCAGUAUAGUCCAAGCAAUUUAUAGGGAGGUUUCAGUCUGCAUCAAAAUACUUGUCUCGUGCCCUCUGGAACAGAUCUUUUAAUUCAGAUUGUACUAAGCCAAAAUAGGAGUGGGUUGAUUUGUGAUGUAGGGCAAUAUUGUGAUUUGUAAAAA